AUGGCUGGAUUGAUCGAUCCGACUGUGGCCGGCAAGUACCCGGUCAUCCUCGGCGACGGUCUGCUAGGGAAGACAUCCAAUGAGAUCUUUACCGGCAUUCGCUACAAUCACAAGCCGGCGCUGUCGUCGGGCGAUGGACCGGCACUAGCCCGCCUGCGGCCGUCGUUCCCUGGCAAAACGACCUCGUACGACCUCUCCUUCACCGACGGCGACGACAAAUAUGCGUACACCGGCACUCGAAGUGUUGACGACAAUCAAUAUGUCCUGCACUUCGACCCGGAGCGCAAAGCAUUCAUCCUCGACAAGAUCGACUCGACGUUCAACAUGAACGUUACCCGCAUCCCCGGCAACUCCGAUCCAGCCAAGCUCGCCAAACAGUUCCCUCACCUCGACAGCGAAACACCAGAAUUCGCAAAGACUAGCGAGAGCAAGGAUGCCAAAGCGAAAUCAGCUACAAAAACGGCCACUGCCAAGAACCCUGCCCAGACGAAGCUGAAGCGCAAAGUCGACAAGAAGCAGCAGCAAAAAGACAUGGAGCUUUCGUUCCCGAAGCCCGAGCCGGCAAAGGAGAAGAAGAGCACAAAGCAAGUCGAGGAAGACGAGGAGGAAGAGGAUGACGACGACGACGGCGGCCUACUCAUUGAAUACCCCGGCGGAGAGGCGGCUGCUAAGCACAACGACUUCUCGCCCGCCUUCCCACCGCCCCGCCGCUUUGACGACUUCAUGGACCAGCGCGACUCGGAGGGCGACGCAGACGGCGAGAGCGAUGAUGAGCCGGACAUGGACUUUAAGCUACCCAGCCCGGUCAACAACCACGCUUCGCGGCCGGAGCCAAUGGACGUGGACGAAGCGGAGGAGCCACAGGCCGAGGAGCCGGCGAGCCUGGAUAUGGAGAACGACCUGGAAAAGGAAAUGGAAAUGGCAUUCGGAGAUCUCGAGAAUGACCAGGAAGGCAGCCCAGACGGCGAUGAGAGCGAGAUUUCCGAGGAGGAUUAG